AUGGGCGACUACGUGCCCGGAUUCGAGCAGCGCGAAAGCGACGCCCGUAGUUUCGGCCAUUCCCGGCUGCCGACGCUCGGCGCCAUCCCAGUGAAGAACGAAAAAGGACAGACUGUAAUGCAGAAAGUGAAAGUGUCCAGAUAUGUGGCCGGAAAAGCGUGAGUUUUGGUUUUCAACAAAACAUUUAAAUUUCAGAAACCUGAGAUAACCUGAACAUCAGUUUUCACAAUUCUAGGCUCUAAAUUAAAUUUUCUUGGGAACUCAAAUGAAAUAAUUUGCAGUCCCGAUUACGCUCGAAACUACGACAGCGACGAGGACGAUGAUUUGGAGAAACACGAAAAACGUCGGGAAAAAGAGGGGAAAUACGAGAAACGUCGUCGAAAUCGUCGUUCUUCUUCGAGCAGCGAAUCCGACUCCAGAAGACGUCCGCACGCUUCAGAAUCAUCUAGAAGACGUCCGGUGGAACGACCGGAAGUUCUGGGAAAAGAUGAGGAGGAAUCGGAGAAAUCGGGCGAUUCGUCAGAGGACGACGUUGAAAAACAGCAGGAAAGACGGGAAAGAGCACGGAUGAGACGGUUGGAGCUGACGGAAAGAAACGAGGAGCCGAAGGAGGAGCCAGAAGACGUGGCGGAGGAUUCUGACGAGGAGGAGUACGAUAGAAGACGUGAGCAGUUGAGGCAGAAGGCGUUGAAGCGCGAGGAGGAGCUGAAGAAGGAGAUUAAAAUGGAGGAGGAGGAUGAAGAAAUGGAGGAUGAGGAUUCGGAGGAGUCUGAGGAGGAUUCAGAUGAAUCCGAAGAUGAUGACGACCCAGUGCCACGCCUGAAGCCGAUUUUUACACGGAAAAAGGAUAGAAUUACACUGCAGGAGCUGGAAAAAGAGAAAGAGCUCGAAAUGCAGAGGAAAUUCGAAGAGGAAAAGCGGGCCGAAGAGAGGAAAAGGGAAAGUGCGAAACUGGUGGAGAAGGUGUUGCAGGAGGAGGAAGCCGCCGAGAAACGGAAGACCGAGGACCGCGUGGACCUGAAUUCGGUGCUCACCGACGAUGAGACCGAGAAUAUGGCCUAUGAGGCGUGGAAAUUGAGAGAAAUGAAGAGAUUGAAGGUGAGACCUUUCUUGUUUCGAAAUAAAAAUGUAUUGCAGAGAAACCGGGACGAGCGUGAAGAAGCGGCGCGCGAGAAAGCGGAACUCGAACGGAUCCACGCAAUGUCCGAGGAGGAACGCCUGAAAUAUUUGCGCGCGAAUCCGAAAAUUGUGACGAAUAAACAGGACAAGGGCAAAUACAAGUUCCUGCAAAAGUACUUCCAUCGCGGAGCCUUCUUUUUGGACGAGGAGGACGAGGUGCUCAAACGGAACUUCGCCGAGGCCACCAACGACGAUCAGUUCGACAAGACCAUUCUGCCCAAGGUCAUGCAGGUGAGACAGCUUUUUUUAAAACAUUUUACUCGAAAAAAUGCGACAACAAUUUCAGGUGAAAAAUUUCGGAAAGGCGUCGCGUACCAAGUACACGCACUUGACGGCCGAAGAUACGACAGACCACCAGGGCGUUUGGGCGUCGGCGAACCCGCUGAACACUCAAUUCUACUCGAAAAGAGCCGCCGGAGCCCGCCCCGUCUUCGAGAGACCGGCGCCCAAAAAGAAGAAGAAUUAG